GAGUCAAGAUUGCUCUUUCCAUUCCAGAGCGAGAGAAAGAGAAAGAAACCAAAUAGACUUCAGAGAUGGACGAAGAAACCCUAAACCCCGAACCACACACCGUGACCUCUCUAGCGAACAACAAUGGAGACCAACCCAUGCCGGAUGCCGCUGACCAGAAUCUUAGCUCCUCCGACUCCGAUUCCGACUCCGCCUCUGAUCCCGGCGAAGAUCUGCAGCAGAUUCAAACACUCGAAGCCGAGCUCGCAACCAACCCCUCUAACUACGACGCCAAUGUCCAAUACAUUAAGAUGAUGAGGAAAAUGGCGGACAUUGAAAAGCUGCAGCGAGCGAGGGAGGCUAUGAGCAAGGUGUUCCCAUUGACCCCCUCUAUGUGGCAGGAAUGGGCUGACGACGAGGUUGCCAUGGGCUCCGGAGCCGAGACUUUCGCUACAGUCGAAAAGCUUUAUGAGCAAGGAGUCUUUGAUUAUCUGUCCAUCUCUCUUUGGAGUGACUACUUAGCUUUUGUUCGAGAAAAUGAUCCCUCAGUAAAAGAAGCUUCACCUGCUGGUAUUUCAAAGGCAAGAGAUUUGUUUGAACGUGCUCUUACCGCAGCUGGUUUGCAUGUAUCUGAAGGGAGUAAGAUAUGGGAAGCUUACAGGGAGUUUGAGCAAGCUAUAUUACAUAUUAUCGAUGGGACUGACACUCAGGCUAGGGAGAAGCAAAUUCAGCGCAUUCGUGUUAUAUUCCAGCGUCAGCUAUCAGUUCCCCAUGUUGAUAUGAGAUCAACACUAUUGGCUUACAAGGCAUGGGAGAUGGAACAAGGAAUCGUUGUUGACACUGGCUGCAGUGAUCAUGAUGGUAUAUCAAGUCAUGUUGCCUCAGCUUACCAAAAGGCGUUGGAAAUUUACAAUGCCCGUGUUUGUUUUGAAGAAAAAAUCAGUCAGCAUGAUAUGCCUGAUGAAGAAAGACUAAAACAAUUCAUGAACUACUUGAAAUUUGAACAAUCUUGUGGAGACCCUGUCCGUGUGCAAGUCUUGUAUGAACGCGCUAUUACAGAGUUUCCUAUAGCCAGUCAGCUCUGGUUUGAUUACACUCACUACUUGGACAAAACAUUCAAGGUUGGCAGAAUUAUAAGCAAUGUUUAUUCCAGGGCUGUGAAGAAUUGCCCCUGGGUUGGAGAACUUUGGGUCAGAUAUUUGCUUUCCUUGGAGCGUGGCCAUGCUUCUGAGAAAGAGAUAGCAGCUGUGUUUUACAAGUCCCAGCAAUGCACCUUUUCAACACUCGAUGAGUAUGUGGAUUUAUUUUUCACCCGCAUAGAUGGAUUAAGACGAAGAAUCUCAUGUCCCAUUGAAGGAGAUCACGCCUUGGAUUACUCAGUGUUAAGGGAUACAUUUCAGUCUGCAUCAGAUUACCUAUCACCACAGAUGAAGAACACAGAUGGCCUAUUACGUUUGUAUGCUUAUUGGGCCCGCCUAGAGCUACAUCUGGGAAAAGAUAUAGCUGCUGCUCGGGGGGUUUGGGAAAGUUUACUGAAGAUCAGUGGUACAAUGAUGGAAGCCUGGCAAGGUUAUAUAGCAAUGGAAAUUGAAUCGGGCCAUGUGAAUGAAGCUCGUUCCAUAUAUAAGAGAUGCUUCAGUAAAAAAUUUUCCGGCACUGGUUCAGAGGACAUCUGCUACCUGUGGUUGCGCUUUGAGAGGGAGUUUGGUUCAUUGGAUGAUUUCGACCAUGCACAACAAAAGGUUGCUCCCCGUCUACAGGAGCUUCAACUAUUUCGGUCCAAGCAAGAACCCCAAUUGACCGAAGAGAGGGACAAUUCUUUCAAAAAAAAUGUGCGCGACAAGAGAAAGCAAGCUUCAGAUGCAAGUGAACAACCUUUAGCAAAGAGACAAAAGGAUGCAGGUCAAAAGAAAAAGAAGGAAUAUGAGGUCCAAAACUUAGCUGAACAAAAUGAAGGGACAGAGAUGAAAGCCAAGGGUGUCAAAGGUGUACAAAGUGAGAUGAAGGAGCCUGUUCAAGAGAAAACAAAAGUAUACGCUGACCAAUGCACUGCUUUUGUAUCAAACCUGAACUUGAAGGCAAAUAAUGAACAUCUUCACCAGUUCUUCAGUGAUGUUGGAGGAGUUGUUGCUAUUCGAAUACUGAAGGACAAAUUCACUGGAAAGUCAAGGGGACUAGCAUAUGUGGACUUCUCGGAUGAUGCACACCUUGCUGCAGCUGUAGCAAAAAAUAAGAAGACACUCCUAGGGAAGAAGUUGAGCAUUGCACGAUCAGAUCCGAAGCGUGGCAAGAAAGAACAUGGGCAUACUGAUCAAACCGGUGCAGCCAGUGGAUCUGGUGAGCCACGCCAAAGAAGCGACAAUGUUCUUCUUAAGGGGAAGAACACAUUUGCAGUUCCAAGGAAUGUUGCUGCACUUGGUUGGAGCACGAAUAAGCCAAAAACUGAGGAUCCGGAUGAUGAAAAGCCAAAAUCUAAUGAUGAGUUCAGAAGCAUGUUCCUGAAAGGUUAGAGAUAUGGUUUUGGGUUUAGGGGAAUCUGCAUCAGGAACACGUAUCAAACCAACUUUUCCCAUGCAUAGGGAUAGUAUUGGGUUCAGUUUUUAGAUAUAUGGAAAAAUGAAAAGGAUCUGUUAUCAGCUACACAGGAUGUAUAGGACAAAUCUGAUUCUGCUAAAACACAAUACAUGGGAUGCUUGCGAAUUGUUGAUUUUUGACAGCUUUUGGGUGUUUGAUGUCUCACAUUUUUACUAUGUGUCCAUGCUUUGUUGUAUACUUGUACUUGAAAUAAUUUUUAGGAAAGCAUUCUGUUGUGGGGUGCCUGAACAAUUGGCAGGGGCCUUCAGUAUUGAUUCCUUCCCUGGAGCUUUUAGAUCCACCUAGUGGUUGGUUGGCACUGUGGAUGUGCAGAAAUAUCAUAGGCCUUUUCUCAGCACAUCACAAGACCGCACAACCAGUCUUGUCAGCUAGCUGCAUUAGCUCUUAGCUACAACUGACCUUAUUGACAUCUUACAUCCAAAGACCUCAAUUGAAGGGCAUCUAGUGAUCGACAAGCAUUCUGAUGAUUUAAAAUUCAAGAAUUGCAAUUAAUAUUGGAUUUUCAUCAAGUUUAGAUUUUUGCUAAACUUCUCAUAAUGUUGAAGUCUACAAGUGGCUCAAGAGAGGAUGAAGCAUUUCCAUGACAAGAGACAGUGACAGUCAAGACUGAUUAUGUGCGGUACGAGAUAUGGUUUAUAUCUUAAACUACGACACUACAAGAAUCACCCAAUGUAG